AGGGAACAACUGCUGUGCUCAAAUAACGUGGUAAUUCUAUUCAAGACAUGACUUCUAGUGUCUCAAGUCGCAGCACUGGCUCAUGCCUAAUCUGCAGGCUCCGUCGCAAGAAAUGUAGUGAACCGCUAGCUGGCGAGGCCUGUGUGGCGUGCGCGGAGUAUCGUCUACCCUGUUUAUCUAAACAAGGACGGUCCCUAUCGGCUGCCCAGGAGACAUCCCAGGGUGCCAAGAAAGCGCGUCGCGAGAUAAACCAGGCAAUUAAGUCCCGGGAUUCUCGGGACGGACCACAUUGCCGUCAACAAGGGAAUUUCUGGAAUCACUAAACCUUCCUAUCGAAUCAGAGACAUCGCUCGCAACCCCCAGGGACACCGUCUGGGACGAAGAUACGCUCGAAGAAGCAAAUGACACGAUAUCGUUCAUGACGGGGGAAAGCGCAAUUCAUGACCCUGUUGCAAUGGAUGAUGAACUCCCUCCUCAAAUUGACGUACUAUUUCCGACACCAAAUGCUCUCGAAGCAACUGGCCUGGUUUUUCACGUGCUCGGGCAAUGUCAUUGCGGCCAAUAUCAUGAUAAUUGACGGCCCGAACCAUACUUGGCCAGGAAAACGUGUAGGGCACCUAUUCUGUAUUUUUUUACCUAUGUGUUCGACUAUGUUAUAUGGUGGUCCUUUCGGAAAUGCAUAUU